CAAUGUGUAAUCCCUCUUCAUCUGUGUAAGCAUAUCUUUCUUGUUUGAAAAAUUACCCUACACUUUUUAAUUCACACAGCCAUGAGUUCCUCCAUUCAAGACAUUCUGGGUGAGCUCAACAGGGAUUCCUAUAUUUCUUUACUAUCCAAGCUAAUUGGUGAGUCGGAGUUCGUCCAGAACAACCCCCCCCACCUCAUCCCUCAGGAGGAUAAGGUCGGGAAACAUGUCCUCGAUGUUCUUAAUCCGCAUAGAAACAUCUUGAAUAUCACUCGCGUUAGCUAUGACGAAAAGGAUCAGCGUGGACAUUUGAUUAUUAAGUACCCAGGAACUAUUCCCGGCAAGGUUGUCUCCUUUGUUGGAAGUCACAUGGAUGUCGUCCCUGCCGAUCCCAACGCUUGGAACUUCAAUCCAUUCUCAUUGAGUAUUGAUGGGGAUAAACUUCGAGGUCGAGGAACGACAGAUUGUUUGGGACAUGUUGCUUUAUUAACUCAACUCAUGUUGAAACUUGCACAAACUAAACCAAUACUGAAGUCAUCUGUUGUAGUUAUGUUUAUUGUCUCUGAAGAAAACAAUUCAAUCCCAAACAUUGGAGUUGAACGACUUUAUGCUGAUGGAUACUUUGAUAUAUUACAAGGAGGCCCUUUAUAUUGGGUUGAUACAGCAGAUUCACAACCUUGUAUUGGUACCGGUGGUUCCUUAACUUGGACUAUUAACACAAAAGGAAAACUUUUUCACAGUGGUAUGCCAGACAAGGCUAUUAAUGCUUUGGAGUUAGCCAUGGAUGCUCUGAAAGAUAUCCAAUUAAAGUUCUAUAAAGAUUUUCCUGCUGUUCCUAAGGAAGCAGAAUAUGGAUUUGAAAUACCAUCCACCAUGAAACCAACCCAAUGGAGUUAUCCAGAAGGUGCUAUUAAUCAAAUUCCAGAAAAAUGUACCAUUGCUGGAGAUGUAAGGUUGACUCCUUUCUACGAUAUGGAUUAUCUUAAGAAAAAGCUUCAAGAGUAUAUUGAUUACACCAAUGCACAUGUGGAAGAUCUUGCAUCAAGAGGUCCUGUUUCAAAGUAUACCUUACCAGAUGGCACCAGGGGAGAAUUGGCGAUAAUUUUUGGUAAUCCGAUGCCGGGAAUUGCAUGUGAUAUUAAUUCCGCGGGGUAUAAAGCUUUAUAUAAUGCAACAUACGAAGUUAUAGGAGAGGUCAAACCUUACUCCCUUACUGGCAGUUUACCACUUGUUCAUGACCUUCAGAAUGAUGGCUUUGAUGUUCAGAACAUUGGCUAUGGUUUAACAGAAACAUACCAUGCAGAUAAUGAGUAUUGUUACUACAGUGAUAUGGCCAAAGGCUACAAGGUUUUUGCAAGCAUUAUCUCUCAACUAGAAGAACUUUGAUAUACUGCAGAUUAAUAUUGUAUGUCAUGUUGUGUUCUAAAUCAUUAAAUGGUUAUGAUUUGAGAGAGUGAAGAAUAGCUCAGUUUAUGAUUAUUUUUUCACUCAAAACUGCAGAUUAAUAUUAAUAAAUAAAACAAUCUGCAGAAUAUAUGUAUUAUAUUACUAUCUAUAUAUGGUUUGUACUUUUGAAUGCUUUUCUUGAUGUGUACUUGUGAUUUGUGUAUUCAAUAAAGACAUUCUAUAUGUUUCUUUACA